AUGACGAGAAUCUGCGAAGAGCUCAUCCAAGACUUGACCUCGACAGCGAACUUACAUGCCGAACGGAACCUUCUGCAGCACUCCUUCCAGAUGGCUCAGCAGACGGCCGCGGACCAACAACUGAGGUCGCAGGCAGCUGCAAUGGCAGUUUCAAGGGUCGCUGCAGAGCAUGAGUCAUUGCAAGCGGAGCUGGCAUCGGUUCGAUCUUCUCUACACCAACUGAGAAGAGCAUCCAUGGAAGUCCAAGCUAGCCGGAUGCGUUGUUCCAAAGAUGCUGCAGAGCUCAAACAAGCGGCUUCAUUUCAAGAGCUGACAUGUCGGCAAGACCUCGCGCGUUUGGAGGCAUAUUUGCACGAUGUUUCCGUGCAGAACAUUGGCAGAAAGUCAGCUGUCUUGGCCAAAAACGCGGAGGCGUUCAAGCUGACCAGUUACACGCAUGACUGCGCCGACAGGCGAGCCAGAGCUGAAGACCAGCUCAAGCAGACCUUGCACGAGCGUAUGUUGCGUGACAAGACCAUUAUGGCCAAAGUCAAUGAAAUUGUCCAGAAGCUGGAGAGGACACGGGCGCUUCGUCAUGUUCAGGAACGAAGUCGAAGAAGUCAGGUGGACGAACUCUUGCAGCGCCUUUACGACAUGGCAAUGGCGCCCACACUGCUAUCAGAGAAUCCGUUCAUUGAGAAGGCCUUCGCACCGACCUGA